GUGGAUAUCCCCAUAUGGGUUGUGGAUCUCCGUCAUGAGCUCACCCAUGGAAAGCUACCCCAGCUGGCGCUCUGUCGCAAGGGCUGUGAUGUUGUACUAGACUGGCUGCGAAAGACGUACUGGAGUCGUCAGCUGGGCAAUAAUUUGUGUGAAGAAAGUGAAGAUGAGGAUGAACAGGAAGAUACUGAAGCAAAUACAGAGAUGGACAGUGACACAUGGGAAAUUCAAACUCUGCAGCAUGAGACCUGUCAGAAACAUAAGGAAUUCCAUGAAAAAGUCAAAGAUGUGCUGAUAUCCUACAAGAACGAGCAGUUCCGAGUUAUGCAGACAGUGCAAUCAAUUUCAAAGUCCCGAGAACUGUGGUCUAAUUCUUCUUCAGAGGUGGACUGGAUUUUGGCUCAGAUCAAAGACCUGAUGCAAGAGAACAGAGAGACAGUGGCUGAAGCUCUUCUCAGUGAUGGCUUUCUCAUCCCGACAGUGGAAUGUCUCAAGGUGUUAAAUAUCAAGUAUGAAGUAAAUAAAGCGAUACUACGGUUCAAAAUUCCUCAGACGUUUUACUGCUUCUGGCAGCCCUUGUUGACAGGCCUUCUUUCCCGAAGCUUUACACAGAUCCUAAUCGAGAAGAUGUUUACAGAGCUCAAGGAAGGUUCAGACUCUUCAGAACUUCGGCCCCAGUUCCUGAUCAACUGGAUUUCUGAGAUGCUGACUAGCAUUGCUAGAGUUAAUGCAGGGAAGAAGAAACGCCGAUUUAACAAACGGAUACAUGCGAAGGAGCUAUUCCUCCAAAAAGUUCAUUUGCAUUGGAUUAGACUCACUGAUAGUUGCUUGGACGCUCCUUGCUGGGCAACUCCACACCUGCUUCAGCUGAUUCUUACAAGCAUGAAACCUCGUUUGCCACGUUCUUCACGGAAGAACCUUCUGUAUCUCGCUUCUGUUUACACAGAAGGAGGUGGCCCUUUGUCCAGUCCAGGGCUGUCUUCAGACUCCAGUGAACAGCCAAUUUAUACUAUAGAGAGCUUACAGUGGAGGGCCAGACAAGAAAGUCAGGCUAAAAAUCAUGAGCAGACUGUAGAGAUACAAGAAGAUGUGCUAGGGAGACAUGAUGGUGAAGAGGAAGUGGAAGAAGAAGAAAAAGAAGAGAUGGUGACUGAAACAAAUCCUUUGGAAGGACUUGCUCAUUCUGAUAACAUGCUGGCCAUUGCAGAAAAAAGGGCUGUGCUUCAGGGGUCUGCCUGGCAGAUCAUUGCAG